AACUUUGCAGCGACGGCCGUAAGGAGUGUCCGAGCCCCCGUGGCAGCGCCCUAGAGCGUCCUGCGAGCGUCUGGAGGGCAACAGGGCAUACAAGACCACGUCGACAUCAGGUCAAUCGCCCACAGAGACGACUCGACAGCGUCUGUGCAAAGAUCGAUAAGGCGCUCGUGUGCAGCCAACAGCAGCGUCACGGGCAGACGAGCACGACUGCACAGGCACUGCACACGCUUUCACUCGAGCUUGGGUGCCCAAUGAAGCGAGUCUCUUGACACUGGCGCCAGUUUGACACCGCAGAGCCCGCACGAGCGUGUCCUCAGCUGUUCUGCUCAAAGUCUCAUCUCGCAGCUCAACCUGCUUGAGCCUGCCGGCCUUGGUCUCCUGAGCCAUGGCCACUCAACCAUCAGACGAGCAUGCUGCGCCAGGACAGGAAGCCGAGACUGGCGAAGCGAGCAAUGGCAUCGUUGACAGCCGACCCCUCACGCCACCGCCUCGCUCUUCUUCCCUUCUCGGCUCGGCUUCUCCAUCACAAGACACCAGAGAGUCUAUCGAUUCGCCCAACAGGAAACGGAAGCCCGCUUCGCCUCAUACGCGUACGCCGCGACCCUCGACCGCGAUAAAGGCGACGCCUGCUAGCUCGGCCAGUGUACAGGACACCUCGCAUACUCUCGCCGGCGUCACCUCUUCCAGCAUCAAGAGCAGCGAGAUGGAGAGGCUGCCUUCAUACACCGGCACACCUGCUUCAUCGCCCGACGACACACCUCGCAAGCGGAUCAAACUAGACCAGGAUGAUAGUCCGUCGACUUAUUUGGCGGAUCGCUUUGCACCGGCAGUAGAAGUGCAGGAGAACUCACACGAGGGCGACGAUCUCGUCGAGCUUGCUCUAGAUUAUGCUAAUGACCCCACGCGAAGGUCGAGCUCGUCUCCCCCUGUUGACCUGUUAGAUAAAUCGCCAGACUCGAUCUCGCAGCGGCGCGUCAAAGUGUACAGGCUGCAAGGCGAAUCUUGGACCGACCUAGGCACCGGCUUUUGCUCCGUCUACCCUGUCUUACCUGCUGCAUACGCUACCGAAAGCGACGUGCGCGAGCCAACAGAGGGCUUGGGCCUGAUAGGAUCCGUGCAAUUACUAGACGAUAGCGCGACUCAUGCAGACGAAGAUGGUCCUUGGAUCGUCGUCAAGGCAGAGGCUGCUUCGCCUGCCAAUUCCUCAUCGCCUACCAAAGAUUCAGAGAGCAAACCGGGCAGCGACGACGCGUCGGACAGAUUACCCAAGGACGCACUCAUCUGGAAAUCGGGCAUGAGACGCGUCAUGUUCGCGGCUGCUAGCGGCGGUUUCAUAUCGCUCGACAACGAAGAUCACAAGCUCGGUUAUCAGCGUCAGCAAGACACUCUGAUCGUUUGGACGGAAGCAGAUGGGACCGAUAUGGCUCUCAGCUUUGCCAACGUGCAAGGUUGUGCAGACGUUUGGGAACUCGUCGAGAAAGUGCGGAUGUACUUUGAGGCCAACGGAAUGACGACGACCUCUUCAGAUGAGCUCGGACCUUCUCGGUCUGUGACGGCUUCGCCUGCAAGUAGAGCCCUAGCCGAUGUCGAUCUGCCCGAACCCAAGCUCGGCAAUCUGCGCGAGAUUGAUAAUUACAUCAGGCGGAUAUCGCGACCGGUCUCGGGCAGGGAUGCCAUCGUCAAUACAAUACUAAGAACGGCCUUCUUGCGCAAGCUGGUGCAGGUGCAUCAAGAAGCGGAAGAUCUAGAGAGCUUAGACGAUCUGCACCUCUGCUGCAUCCUCAUGCAGAAUAUUCUACUCCUGCACGAUAAUAAUCUCUUUGAAUACAUCAUGCAGGAGGACAUCUUUCUUGGCAUAGUCGGCUUGCUCGAAUAUGACCCCGAGUUUCCGACGAUGAAGGCAUCUUACCGCGAACAUCUAGGCAAUCCGAGCCUCUUCAGAGAGGUCGUGCCGUUUCGAGAUGCGUCUCUACAAGCAAAGAUACACCAGACCUAUCGGUUACAAUACCUCAAGGACGUCAUCCUAGCAAGAAUAUUAGACGAUCCAACCUUUUCAAUGCUGAAUUCACAUAUCUUCUUCAAUCAAGUCGAUAUCGUGCAAUCUCUACAGAAUGACGAUGACUUCUUAGCAGAACUCUUCGGCAUCAAGCUUGACCCUUCUUCGCCAGAACAAGUCGAAGAGACUGUGUCGCCGCAAAGGCAAAAGCAAUACGAUGUCAUCUCGUUCUUGCAGGCUUUCUGCCAGAUGGCGAAGAACCUACAACAACCAAUGCGAACCCAGUUCUUCCGCUCCCUUGCGGACCGAGGCAUCCUAUCUUUUGUCGAGAUCGCUCUAGCGUGGACACACCAGCCAACAGCGCGUACGGCAACUAUCGACGUUCUCAUGAUGAUCCUCGAACACGAUCCAAACAGCGUCAGAGAACACUGUCUCGUCCAACACGAGGCGGGCAAGAGAAGUCUUGUGUUCUCUCUCAUUGACAUAUUACAUGUCGAAGCCGAAUUGGGUAUCAAGGGCCAGAUGGCAGAAGCACUCAAAGUGCUCAUCCAGACGCCAGACAUGGCUCAGGAGGCCGCACAAAUCGGGCUGAGAGCGAAAGUAGAAGACCCACAAGCGGAAAAGUUUCUGCAGUACUUCUACGAUAAGUGUGCUCAGACACUCAUCAAGCCGUUGCUCGAUCUCGAAGGACCCUUUGACCCAUCACAGACGCAGAUCGCGCUCUACGUUCAUCUUUGCGAUCACCUUUGCUUCUUCGUCAACGCGGGCAGCUUCAGGUCGAAGUACAUGAUCUUGUCUUCUCCCGUUUCGCAAAAAGUCGCCUUCUUGCUGCUCUCGAAACCGAAACAUCUCAGAUUAGCGGCUCUGCGUUACUUCCGAGCGUGUAUAGGGCGGCAAGACGACUUUUAUAAUCGAUACCUGACAAAGGAAAACAUCUUCGAACCUGUUCUGUCAGUCAUCGAGGGCGAACGCGAGAAGGACAAUCUCGUCGUGUCUGCUUGCUUGGAGUUCUUUGAGAAGAUUCGUACGUCAGGCGCCAAGAUUCUCAUCAAUCAUCUCGUAAAAGAAUUUGGCUCAAGAAUUCGCGGUCUCGCUCUGGAUUAUCCCACUUUCGAAGCGCUCGUCAAUAAAUGGGAGCAGAUCAAUGAGCCACCGCCUGCGGCAACGUCAACAAAGGAAGAAGACGCUUCAAGCAAGCAGAGGCCGGGCGAGGGGAUACCUGGUAGAGCGCUCGAUAUAGAGGAAGAAAGUUGGUUCAACGAGAGCUCAUCUGACGACGAAGAGAAAGGGAGAACGAAAGGCGAAUCUCGCAAACGAUCCGGGGGUGAGCUGCCUGGCAGAGAAAGCAAACAGUCCACACCCAUCAAAUCCCCAGCGCUCGUUUUUGGGUCUGCUUUGGGCGCACAGAACGCUCGGACAAAAGGUUUGGUCGACUAUGAAGGAGAGGAUAGCGACGAGGAGCAAGACUCGAGCACGAGCGCGCCCCUCGCUGCAUCACUAGAGAGUCCGUUAGCUCAUGCGCCUCAUGAAGAGCCACCGCCGCUCAAAAUGCUAGAAGAAGAGCAAAGGUCCAGUGAGGAGAACGAAGACAAGCUCGGUCAGCUGAGUGCAAAGAAGCGGUCCAGCCCGCUGCCGAGCAUAAAAGCGAGAUUAGGGCAGCUCGGCGUCAAAUCGGGCUUGAAGAUCAAUCUGGGGGGUAAGAAGCCGUGAGAAGAAUCGAACAAGGUAGUGCUGUUGGUCUCUCGUUCGUUUUGGAGAGAUCGUGUAAGGUUGUAUGCAACACGAGAGCAGUGCGAAGUGAGAUUUUUGCAGGUUUUGCGGUACAAUGAGAUGC